AUGACAGUAAUCAAGCAAUUAAAGAAAAGUAAUAAUAAAUUGGCGCUUGAACUAACUAAAGAAUUAAAUUUUAUAAAAAAUGUUUUCUCCGUAUUAUCUAUACCAUUACAAAAAAAAGGUGAUAUGGAAGAUCAAAUGGAUUUUGAAAUGAUUGGUGAUAAACCAGAACAAAAUGAUAAACCGCAACCUGCGAGAGCUAGCAAUAUUAUAGAAUUACAGGAAAGAUUAGAAAAGAUUAAGUCCCAGAAUAAUUAUAAUUUGAAAAACAAACUAGCGAAAAAAAGUCUCAAUAGCAAGUUAAACAAAAUCAAAAAGCGGGAGAGGGUUAAAAUUAACAAACAUAAAGUUCAAGCAGUAUUGGAUUCAGAAAACCCAACAGAGACUAAGAAGAAUAUUGUUAAACCUAAUGUAAAUGCUGCAAAACCAAUUUUCAACAAUGAAGGCAAACUAGUGUUUUCUAAGUUUGACUUUGCAAAAUUAGGCGACAGAGACAGAGGAUCAAAAGGUAACAAGGAUCCUAAAAAACUAUUGGAUAAUUUAAAACAGCAGGAAGAAAAGAUUAAAAAUAUCGCAGAAGUUGACUCUGAAAAAGCAAAAGAAUUAAAAGAAAAAAUAGCAUGGAAGAAUAUACUUCAAAAGGCUGAAGGGGAGAAAGUUAAAGAUGAUCCUACAUUGCUUAAGAAGUCUAUUAAGAAAAUUGAGCAAACAAAGAAGGUGAGCAAAAAGAAGUGGGAAAAUAGAAUACAAAGUGUGGAGAAGAAAAAGGAAGACAGACAAAAGAAAAGGAAAGAGAAUAUUUCUAAAAAGAAGAAGGAAAAGAAAGCUAAAGUUGUAAAACGAGCAGUUAAAAGAGGAAGAGUUGUUAUAUGA